AUGAAAAGUCUUGUAACUGAGCAGCCAGAUGUAGUAGUCUUUGUUCUUAGUCUUAUGUCUUGGAAGGCACUACUGCAGCCCUUGAUCACUGCCUCGACCACGCCGAAUUCCUACCUGUCUGCACCACUAGCGUACUUUGUCUCAUUUCUGAUCUGCUGUAUUAUCUUAUUCCCGUUGGCUCCUCAGUUUUCAGUUUUAGCAUCAAUCAUGGGUUCCUUUAGCAUGUUCACCCGGAUGGCCAUGGGCCUGAAGAAGGUAGGCUCUUUCAAAAAGUCAAAAGUCAUUCAGCAGCAGGAUGCACAAGUUUCACAGACGAAAGGAAAGGUUGUUGAUGUAGUCCAAAAGAAAUUCUCUUCAGAACCCUCAUCGUCCGCAGCCGCCGCCGCCGCGGCACCCGCGCCGGCGCCAUCGAAGGAUGUCGCUGCCGUCGAGCCAGCUGCACCAGUUGUAGCUGUUGUAGCUGAAGCCCCAGUGGUCGAAGCACCCAAGGCUGUCGAACAGGUCCCUACCCAGGUGGUCGAACCAGUUGUUGCAGCUCCCAUUGUUGUUGCAGAGCCCAAGGUCGAAGAGGCCGUGGUUGCUGUGGAGACUAUCGUGGCCGCCCCCGUCCCUGAGCUUAUCGUUGCCCCCACAGCAGAGAUUGUUGAGGAGGUUUCAGUCGUUGAGCCCGUGGUCGAGACCGUCGUCGUGCCCGAAGUUGUUGAGGAGGUCGUGGCCGAGGCCAUCGCCGCCCCCGUCCUUGUUUCAGUUCCCGUCGUCGAGGCUGCCGUUCCUGAGGAAGUCGUUGCUGCCAUCGUUGCCCCUGUAGUCGAAGAGGUCUCAAUCCCAGAGAAGGAAGUCCUCGAAGUCGUCUCAGUUCCUGAAAUCAAGUCCACCGAAGAAGAGGUUGUCGAACAGGUCUCAAUCCCAGAGAAGGAAGUCCUCGCCGUCACCGAACAGGAAGAAUGUAUCCCAAUGUCCACUCAGCUCGCCAUUUUCCCCACCUUCGCCAUGUUUGCCAUGCCAGAGCCAGAGGUUUUCGAGGCUGCCCCUGUUGUCGAAUCGUCCAAGGUCAUUGAGGAAGUUGAUGCACCCGUCACCGAAACCGUCACUGUCACCGAACCCGAGGUUAUUGUCGCUGCUCCCGUCAUCGAGAAAGAGAUUAUCGAAGAGAUUGCCGUUGUCGCCGAGCCCGUUGUCGAGACCGUCACUGUUGCCGAGCCCGAGAUCGUCGAAGAGGUCGCUGCCGAGGUCGAAGAGGUUGUCGAAGUCGCUGCUGCCCCAGUCGAGGAAGUCAUUGAAGUCGCCGCCCCCGUCGAAGAGGUCGUUGAAGUCGCUGCCCCAGUUGAGGAAGUCGCUGCCCCCGUCGAGGAGGUUGUCGAGGCCGUCUCUGUUCCCGAACCCGUCGUUGCUGCUGUUGCCGAGAUCGCUGUUUCCGAGCCAGAGGAAGUCGUAGAGGCUUCCAUCCCUGAGCCUGCCGAAAUCGAAAUGGUUGUCGAAGAGGUCGCUGUCGCCGAACCCGAAGUUGUCGAGAUCGAGCUCCCGGUUGAGGAAGAGGUCAUUGUCGCCGCCGCCCCCGUCGAGGAGGAGGAGAUCGUUGCCGCUGUCGAGGUUGCUGAAGUCGAAUCCGUUGCCGCUGUCGAGAAGAUCGAAAUUGUCCACACUCCAUUCAAUGCCGCCAUGCUCCCCCGCUUCAUGACCCAGACAUACCCCGUCGAGGAGGUUGCCGCCGUCGCCGAGCCAAUUGCUAUCGAAUCCUGCACUGCCCCUGCCGAGUUCGCCGAGCCAAUGCCCGUCAAGCAGCUCUGCUCUUGCCCCUCUGUCGAAUCUUUGAACUCAUCGUACUGUGACUCCAACGCCGCCUCCAACUCUGUAGAUGAUGCCUCCGACAAUGAGUCAAAUACCGAGGAGAUCAUGUCGCCUACCACCGAAUCUGAGACCGAGACCAUCACCUUCGAGGCCCCCGAGAGACCUGUUUCUUGCCCACCCAUGGGAAUCAGCCAGAAGUACAGCAUCCGCGAGAUCCGCGACCCCCGCCUCCAGAAGAACAUCCGCGCCUGGGCCCAGCAGUCCGAGGCCAUGGGAAUGACCGAGGAGACCUCCGCCAGCAACAGCUCCGACUCUGAGAGCCACUCCGAGGAGGGCGACUACGACUACGAGCGCAGCCCACCUCUCAGCCCAAUCAGCAGUGCCGGCGGUAACGACGGCGAGUGGGGCGGUGAGCUCAAGGUCGAGAGCUUGGACAAGAUGGAGACCGUUGUCGAGGUUGAGGCCGUCGAGGAGAUUGAGGCCGCCGUCGAGGAGGUUGAGGCUGUCGAGGCUGUCGAGGAGAAGGCCACCAUCGAGCUUGUUGUACCUGAGGUCGUCAAGACUGAGGUUCCCGAGCUUGUCAUGGAGGUCGCCGAGAAGACCGAGCUGUUUGUUCCCGCCGCACCCGUCGAGAUCGAAGUCCGAGAAGUCGAGAUCGCCGUCCCCGAGCUCCCAGCUGUCAUCGUCGCCGAGAAGGCCGAGGAGAUCCCCACCAUUGAGGAGAUCAUCGCCGCCCCGGUUGUCGAGAAGGUCGAGGAGGUCAUCGCAAUCCAGGAGAUCGUUGAGCCUACACCUGUCGAGAAGUCAAUUGUUGUCAUCGAGGAGGUCCCAGUACCUGUCGAGGAGGCACCAGUAGAAGUCCAGGAGGCCGAGCAGACACUGGAGGUUGUUGAGGCCGUCAAGCCAAAGAACACCCAGGUGCAGAAGAAGAAGAAGAAGCUCUCCAAGAAGGAGCGUCUGAGCAAGGGCGGAAAGAAGAAGGGCGGAAAGAAAUAG